ACGAACUCUACGGCUCCCGUGAGGACCUGCGCCAGUUGGUUGAGGCGGCGCAUCAAAGAGACCUCAAAGUGAUCUUAGACUUUGUGCCGAACCACACCAGCGACAAGCACAUCUGGUUUGAGGCUUCUGUUUAUGGAAUCUCUCCCUACCACGAUUACUACGUGUGGGCGAACGCCACUUACAUAGAAGGCGUCCGAACCCCCCCAACCAACUGGCUGAGCAACUUCCGAGGCUCGGCUUGGCAAUGGAACGAGCUCCGACAGCAGUACUAUCUUCAUCAGUUCUCCACCGCUCAGCCUGAUCUGAACUACCGCAACCCCCUGGUGGUCCAGGAGAUGAAGGACGUGCUUUCCUAUUGGCUCAACUUUGGCAUCGACGGGUUCCGAAUCGACGCAGUCCCGUUCCUGUUUGAGGACGAACUGCUGAGGAACGAACCACCUUCAGGCGACUCCGGUUUGGACCCUGAGGAUGCCAGCACUCUGAGCCACCUUUACACGCAGAACUUGAACGAAACGUAUGAGAUGAUCUACGAGUGGAGACAGCUUUUGGAUGACUUCACUGCCCGGAACGGCACGUAUUCCAGGAUAAUGAUGACGGAAGUGUACGCCAGCCCCGAACAGACCAGAGGCUACUGUGGAGUGGAAGGCUCUCGCGCAGGAGCCCAUUUCACCUUCAACUUCAUCACCUUCAUCGAGAACACCCAGAAGGGUUUCGAUGGCAAAGACCUGGCUGAAAGCAUUGCGGCCUGGCUGAUCGGCAUACCCUCGUGUUCCAGCAACUGGGUGCUGGGGAACCACGAUCAAACCAGAGUGGCCACGCGGCUGGGACCGGAAAAUGUCGACGCUUUGAACAUUUUGGCCUCAAUUUUACCCGGAGCUCGCAUCACCUACCAAGGAGAGGAAAUCGGGCAAGAAAAUGGUGAAGUGACAUGCGAACAAGGCUACGAUCCUCAAGCAAUCAAAGACUGCUCAACCUACCAGCAGACGAGCCGCGAUUUUGAGCGAACUCCCUUCCAGUGGAGCUCGGGAGUUCAGGCAGGUUUCAAUGAGGGCCACACGCCAUGGCUUCCAGUGAGCGAAAAAUACGUGCAGACCAAUCUGGAGCGCCAAAGUGACGCAAAACAGAUUAAAACGCACUAUAAGAUAUACACAACGAUGCUCAGAUUGAAGACGCUGUUCGCAGAUGGUGCGGAGGAAUCGACAACGUGGGGAAGCACCAACGAUGGCAAAGUCUUUUAUCUCAAAAGAUCGACUGAUGUGGUGAAUUACGGCCUGCUGAUCAACCUGGCUGACACAGACGAAACGAUCAUCACGCCGGCUGUCUUUAAGGAAAGCGAUUUGGUGGUUGAGCUCAGUGGGGCUGAUAGUCCGUACGAUAACGGGGACGUUUUCGAUAUAUCUCAACCCCUGAGGCCAAAUGAAGUAGUUGUAUUCAGAAUAACCCCACUCGCCUGAAUGGCUUUGGAAAUGACCGUUUCUGAAUAAAAAAUUCACGAAUUUGCAAGAGAA